ACGAGUCUCCCGCUCCCUCCUGUUGCUGUUUUCCACGUUGACUGGGCGUUCGUUUUCUUUGCUCUCAUCCGCAGUCGCGACUUUCGGUAGCCAUUGGAUCAAGCCGUUUUCGCAUUAGUCUGGCAAGAGUUCCUCGUUUCAGCCUCAUUGUAGCACGCCUGUUGCGCACAGCCAACCAUGACUUCCCUCUGCGCGAUGGCCCUCUUCGUCGCCCUGCUCGCCACGCCUAGCCUCGGUUCCAGGCUGCUGGCUCAGCGCACGUGCUCCGUCCAGGGCAAGGGCGUCACUGCAGACAUUACGACCUCGCCCACGUCGGUCCCGGCGUCAGGGUCGGAGUCGAGCUGGACGUUCGCGGGCGCUGGGAAGUUGAAGAUUGCGCACGCGGCCUGUCCCAUCUCAUCGAAUGACCCCAUGCCAGCCGCAGCUGAGACGAUCACCAGCGGCGGGGCCAGCGAUCCGAAGGACUUCGCAUGCCCUAAGGAUACGGCGUGCUGCAUCACCUACUGCUGCGGCACGGGGGACUGCUUCAGCACCUUCCUGCUGAAGAACAGCACGACCGUGAGCGCCAGCUCCAAGCGCAUCUGCCUCUCCUCGGAGCUCUACACGCGGACCACGACCCAGGCGACGAACGCCAGCGCCGAGGUCGGCAUGACCUCGUGGGCGGAGGAGAGACUGCGGCAGGCACGUGCAUCACGGGCCUCGGCGGGGGCAGUGGGCUGGCGGAGUUCAAGCUCUGCGGCCCAGCGACGCUGGAGCUGUCGACGGGCAUGAACUGCGACGGCCCCGACGAGACGGUGGUGCACGACACGGACAAGUCCGCCGCCGAUUGCACCGUCGUCCAGAAGCCCACGGGCGGGUACUGGAACAGCUACAAGUACACCUGCGUGGCGGGCCUCGAGCGCUGAGUGGGCUGCGCGGCGACAGGGCGGGCGCGCUCCCGCCCCUCCUCCGCCGGAGCCCGGGCCUGCCCGCCCCCGAAAGGCGAGCAGGGCGGCGGCGGGCGGCGGGGGCCCGGCGCCCACGUGGAGCGGGCAGGGAGGCCUCGCUCUGUCGUCGUCGGUCGUCGGCGUCCUCCUCUUGUCCGAACCAUUCUGUGGUGUUGGGUCCUCGUUUUGAAGAGACGACGCCGCGCGUCCCUCCUCCUCCUCCUCCUCCUCCUUCUCCUCCCGCUGCCCCCCCUCCCUCUCCCC